UUCUCCGGUUCAGCCUUAAAAACACCAACUGAGGGACAAUUGCAGUGAGUCUAGUCACUCUGACCCUUAUUCCCGGCACAGUCCUGCUCUCGUCCCUCUUUCUCAGCCCCACGAUCCGUACUCGGGCCCCGGGGAGCUUCCAGCUGAUGAGGGAAUGGGAACCGAUGGAUCUCUCAAACAGAGCUGAGCUCCAGCUAUCUGAAUGUGAGGAUUGGGAACUCGGAGAUAGGGCACAACAAUCUUUUACAUCAGCUCUUGAGAAAAUCACAUUUGUUUACCUCCAAUCCCAAACAGGAGAAAAUCUGCAGAUGCUGGAAAUCCAAGCAACACACACAAAAUGCCGGAGGAACUCAGCAUUAGUACUCUUUUCCAUAGAUGGUGCCUGGCCUGCUGAGUUCCUCCAGCAUUUUGUGUGUGUUGCUUUGUUCCACCUCCUCCUGGUCUGAACUUUUCUACCCGUGAGAACAUGUUUUGACUCAUUCUCUCUGGGAAGGUUAAAAAUGACAAGGAAUUUGUUAAUGGAAAUUCAAACACAACAGACCAGUUUUGUCUAGAUAUUUAAGAAGUGCAACAAGGGAUUCAAUCAACAAUCCUUCCUGCUCAGACUGUGGGGAGGAAUUCACUCAGUCAUCUAACCGACUGGCACGCCUGUUAUUUUACACGGGGGAGAGGCCAUUCACUUGCUCAGACAGUGGGAGUGGAUUCAGUUGGUCAUCACAACUGAAGGUACAUCAGCAAAUUCACACUGGGACAAGGCUAUUCACCUAUUCUGUGGGUGAGAAGGGAUUCAGUCGGUCAUCCCACCUGUGGACACACCAGUCAGUUCACACUGGGCAGAGGCUGGUCAUCUGCUGAAUUUGCGGGGAAGGAUUCUCUCGGUCAUCUGACCUAAUGGCUCAUCAGCGAGUUGACACCGGGGAGCGGCCGUUCACCUGCUUGGACUACGGGAAGAGAUUCUCUGAAUCAUCUAAGUUGAAGACUCCCGAUGUGCCAGCAGAUAUCACAGGAGACUGGACAAACCCGUGACUUUCUCUGAUGCACAGGAAAGUUGGGGGCGUUUGUGAAGCGUCUGAGGAGGGAGUAGGAGACCAUACGAUCCAUCGCUUGAUGCCGCUUCCCCGUGGAGGGAUCACGACAUAAAAUGGCCCUGCGUUAAGAAUUUCGCCGGUGCUGAAGCGCCGAUCAAAUGCGCAGGCGUCAGGCUGAGGAAGUCCCUGAGUUUCACGCAUGCGCGCAGUACACAAGGCUUUGAAAAUGUCGGUUGCAGGUUAAAAAUGAGAAGGAAUUCGUCUCCAGGAAUCUCAAACACGACACACCAGUUUUGUUGUCUCUGUCUGGAUAUUUAAGAAGUGGAACAAGGGAUCCAAUUGACCACCCUUCCUGCUCAGACUGUGGGGAGGGAUUCACUCGGUCAUUUGACCAACUUGCACACCUGUAAUUUACACAGGAGAAGGGCCUUUCACCUGCACAGACAGUGGGAAUGGAUUCACUUGGUUAUCACAAUUGAAGGUACAUCAGCAAGUUCACACUGGGCAAGGCCAUUCACCUGUUCUGUGUGUGAGAAGGGGUUCAGUCAGUCAUCCCACCUGUGGACACACCAGUCAGUUCACACUGGGCAGAGGCUGGUCGACUGCUGAGUAUCUGGGAAAGGAUUCACUCAGUCAUCUGAUCUAAUGGCACACCAGUGUGGUCACACUGGGGAGAAGCCAUUCACCUGCUCAGUCUGUGGGAAAGGAUUUACACAGUCAUCUACCCUACUGGUACACCAGCGAGUUCACACUGGGGAGAAGCCUUUCACCUGCUCAGUCUGUGGGAAGGGAUUCACUCAGUUAGCUAACCUACAGAAUCACCUGCGAAUUCACACUGGGGAGAAGCCGUUCACCUGCUCAGUCUGUGGGAAGGGAUUCACUCAGUCAGCUAACCUACAGAAUCACCUGCGAGUUCACACUGGGGAGAAGCCGUUCACCUGCUCAGUCUGUGGGAAGGGAUUCACUGAGUUAUCUAACCUACUGAGUCACCAGCGAGUUCACACUGAGGAGAAGCCAUUCACCUGCUCAGUCUGUGGGAAGGGAUUCAUUCAGUUAGUUAACCUACAGAAUCACCUGCGAGUUCACACUGGGGAGAAGCCGUUCACCUGCUCAGUCUGUGGGAAGGGAUUCAUUCAGUCAUCCAACCUACAGAGACAUCAGCGAGUUCACACUGGGGAGAAGCCAUUCACCUGCUCAGAAUGUGGGAAGAGAUUCACUGAGUCAUCCACCCUGCUGGUACAUCAGCGAGUUCACACUGGGGAGAGGCCGUUCACCUGCUCAAUCUGUGGGAAGAGAUUCACUGAAUCAUCCACCCUACUGGAUCAUCAGCGAGUUCACACUGGGGAGAGGCCAUUCACCUGCUCAGUCUGUGGGAAGGGAUUCAUUAAGUCAGCUAACCUACGGAAUCACCUGCGAGUUCACACUGGGGAGAGGCCAUUCACCUGCGCAGUCUAUGAGAAAGCAUUCACUGUGUCAUCCACCCUACAGAGACAUCAGCGAGUUCACACUGUGGAGAAGCCGUUCACCUGCUCAGAAUGUGGGAUGGGAUUCACUCAGUUAGCUAACCUACAGAGACAUCAGCAUGUGCAUACUAGGGAGAAGCCAUUCACCUGCUCAGAAUGUGGAAAGGGAUUCACUCAGUUAUCCAGCCUACAGAAACAUCAGCAAAUUCACACAGGGGAGAGGCAAUUCACCUGCUCAGAAUGUGGAAGGAGAUUCGCUGACUCUUCUACCCUGCAGAGUCAUCAGCGAGUUCACACUGGGGAGAGGCCAUUCACCUGCUCAGUCUGUGGGAAGAGAUUCACUCAUUUAUCCAGCCGACAGAGACAUCAGCGAGUUCACACUGGGGAGAAGCCAUUCACCUGCUGAGAAUGUGGGAAAAGAUUCACUCAGUCAUCCCAUCUGCUGGGACACCAGUCAGUUGUUAUGAAUCCCUAGGUUUUGUUUGCUGUGGACAUUCAUUUUAAGAGACAGAGUGAUUAAGAAGGCAAAUCAGUCUGGCUUGCAGCUUGUUUACAUCACUCACAGCUUGUUUAGUUUUAACCGAGGACACUGACACUCAGAGUCAGACAGAGACAAAGGAGGGAAAAUGGCAAGAAUCGAAACCAGGGAACUAGUGGCCAAGGGUCACUGUUUGGAACUUUCCUUUGCCCACAAGGGUGGACAAAUUAUUGAUUCACCAUACAUUGAAUGUGUGGUUAUCACCUCAUUUGAUCCAUAGCAGUGGAUCUGAUUUGGGGUACCCUGCGGAGACCACUUAUGUGUUAACCCUUGCCUGGCUGUGGUGUGGUAAUUCAUUUGAAGACAAUACCACUUAUGACAAGUCACUUUGGAUGAUAAUUAGAAUGUGGAUUUGGAAGGAUGACAGAUAAAAUCUACAGCGACCGUUGGUCUUGUUUUACCACCAUGAAACCUGUGGAAUACGACAUAAUUGCCUUCUCUCAACAUUUACCCUGGAUUACAAAUAUCUCUCUCUCAUCACCUGUUCUGUAGUUGAACUGAACUUUCAUACUUUACCAUCUCAAGACUCCAAGCCUUGUUUCCCCCGAGCUCAAUAGUUAGGGAAUUUUAUUUAUACACAUUUAUACACAUAACACUCACGAGAAAAUCUGCAGAUGCUGGAAAUUCAAACCACACACAAAAAAUGCUCGUGGAACACAGCAGGCCAGGCAGUAUCUAUAAGGAGAAGAACUGCUGAUGUUUCAGGCCAAGACCCUUCGUCAGGACUAACUGAAAGGAAAGAUACUAAGAGAUAUGAAAGUAGUGGGGGGAGGGUGACAUGCGAAAUGAUAGGAGAAGACCAGAGGUGGUGGGAUGAAGCUAUGAGCUGGAAAGGUGAUCGGCGAAAGUGAUGCAAAGCCGGAGAUGGGAAAGGAUCAUUGGACAGGAGACCUCGGGAGAAAGAAAGGUGGGGGGAAGCACCAGAGAGACAUGGAAAACACGCAAACAAUUGAAUAUGUCAGUGAUGGAGUGAGAAGGGGAAGAGGGGCAUUAACGGAAGUUAGAGAAGUCAAUGUUCAUCCCAUCAGGUUGGAGGCUACCCAGCCGGUAUAUAAGGUGUUGUUCCUCCAACCUGAGUUUGGAUUAAUUUUGACAGGAGAGGAGGCCAUGGAUAGACAUAUCAGAAUGGGAAUGGGACGUGGAAUUAAAAUGUGUGGCUACUGGGAGUAGUCUGAUGCUGCUGGUUCGUUUCUAAAGCGUUAGGGUUUGUAACAAAAUGGGGCCUGCAUCUGGGAUAUGAACAAAUUUAAGGAUUGAUUUCAUAUCAAUUUGAUUGGGGAAAUCCCUUUUGAUUUAUUUGUGUGUGGAAAAUUAGCAGCAAUGGAUGUUGAUAGAUAUCUGGAAGUGUGAACCUCUCAGGCAUUAGAGGACACCAGAAGGAUUGAGUUGUUGAGUAUUGCUAAAACGUUAAUACUUGCUAAGGUGAAAUUGACAAUGAGGAUUGCACAGAUGCAGAGGAUAAUAGCUGAACAUUAUGUAUCUGAGCAUGUGUUUAAAGUGGAGGAGGAGUUUCCUGAAAGUAAACCAAGUGAGCUUGAGAUCCAGUACAAGUUAGAACAAUUAAAGAUGGAGGCUCCGGAAAGACAGAGACAGAUUCAGGCUGGAGAGGCAGAAAAGCAGAAAGAAAAUUCUCUUACAAAGUCUAAUUAAGGGAAAGACUUAGCAAGCCUAUUCUGCUUUGACAGUUGCUGAAGCAGCUUAUUAUUUAUUUAUUUAUGCUGCCUCAAUCAUUGCUACUGGGCUAUAAAUGUGCAGGAGCUGUGUGUGGUUCAGUGCUUUGCUCAAGAACACACACGCUGCCUCGGCUGAGGCUGAAAUUCAUGACUUUCAGAUCGCGAGUUCAACACCUUAACCACAUGGCCACGCACCACACAUUCUGACCCAGUGAAACAGGCUCUGCUCAAAGCUUACGAGUUGGUCCCAGAAGCAGACCGGCAAAAGUUUAGAAAUUUGAAGAAAUCUGUGAACCAGACAUGUGGAAUUUGCCUAUGAGAAAUUUGUGUGCAUUGACCGCUGGUGCACAUCUGAACAUGUAAAUGAUUAUUUUAACAGCUUGUAAGAGUUGGUUUUAAUUGAAGAGUUCAGAAGGCGCGUCCCUGAUGGCAUAAAGACGUAUUUAGAUGGAAAUGAUGCUGCCACUAUGCAGGAAUCUGCUGGAUUAGUAGACCAGUUUGCUUUAACUCAUAAAGUUAUGUUUACCCUGACUAAGAGUUUCCAAAAGGCACUUGUCAAGUUGUGGGUAAACCUACUGAGCUCACCCCAGUGGCCUAUACCUGUAUUCGGUUAACCAUUUUCCAAAGUUGUAGUGGAUUGUGUUGGCCCAUUGCCAAAGACUAAAGCUGACCAUCAGUAUCUGCUAACUAUUAUGAGUACCUCAUCCAGAUUCCCAGAGGCAAUACCUCUCAGAAAUAUUAAAGCUAAAACUGUGGCGAAGGCUCUUACCAAGAUUUUCAGUUUAUUCGGUUUGCCUAAAGAAAUCCAGUCUGAUCAAGGAUGUAAUUUUACAUCUGGAUUAUUCCAGCAGGUAGUUUCUGAACUGGGAGCAAAACAAAUUGCAUCAUCUGCGUACCGUACAGAAUCAAAAGGGGCUUUAGAUUGAUUUCAUUCUACCCUCAAAACAAUGAUUAAGACAUAUUGUGUUGAAAAUGGAAAAGACUGGGAUGAAGGAAUACAUUUGCUUUUGUCCACAGAAAGAGAGUCAGUACAGGAAUCACUGGGCUUUACUCCAUUUGAACUUGUAUUUGAUCGCAGAGGGACCUUUGACCUUGUUAAAAGGAACGGUGGAUUGAUGUUAACUCGUUAGACUAUGUUUUGAAGUUCAAAAAUAAACUACAACAAGCCUGUAGUCUAGCGAGCCAAAACUUAAAGAUAUCUCAAAACAAAAUGAAGUGUUGGUUUGAUAACAGGACUCCCGAAAGAAAAUACCAGAUGGGAGAUAAGGUGCUUGCCUUAUGUUGACGAAUCCACUUCAGGUGAAAUUCAAUACACCGUAUGAAAUAGUCUCCCAAAUUAAUGAUGUGAAUUAUGUUAUUAAAACACCCAACUGACUUGAACUAACACAGGUGGUACACAUAAAUAUGAUAAAGCCUUUUCUGACAAGCAGGCACCAUCUGUGGGUGUUGUUAUCAAAACAAAUGAAACUGGCAACCUUGACAAUGAAACACUUGACUCGUCCGAGACUUUUCAGAAGCCAAACAUGGCACCAGUUAGGCUAAUGAAUUCGGUUGUUCCAGAAAACAUUGCUAACAAGUUGUCUCAUCUGCAGCCAAAGCAACAACAACAGCUGAAGGAAUUAAUUCUGAAGUUUAAAGAUUCAUUUCCCGAUGUUCCCAAGCAAACAACAGUCGCAGUACAUGAUGUAGAUGUUGGUCAAGCCAAACUGAUUAAACAACACCCACUUCACAUGAACAUGGAAAGGUGUAAAUUGGCUGACCAGGGAAUUGAGUAUAUGCUGGAGAAUGGUAUUAUUACGCCUUCAAAAUGAGAUUGGAGUCACCCUGCGUUAUUGUGCCCAAACCUGAUGGUAGUGUUAGAUUUUGCACUGAUUAUGGAAAGGUAAAUGCAGUAGCAAAAACAGAUGCUUAUCCUAUCUCUAGAGUGGAUGAUUGCAUCGAUAAGGCUGGAAAGGCUAAUUUCUUACAAAGAUUGAUCUGUUGAAAGGGUAUUGGUGUGUUCCAUUGACGGACAGAGGUAGAGAAAUCUCUGCGUUUGCGACACCAUCUGGGUUGUAUGAAUACAAUGUUUUGCCUUGUGGAAGGAAAAAUACUCCAUGAACAUCCCAGAGAAUGAUUUAUUUUGUAAUUCGAGGGUUAGAACACUCAGAUACCUAUAUUGAUGACUUUAGUUACAGGGAGUGGCACUUGGGAAGAGCAUAUCUCUGCAGUAGAAAAGCUAUUUGACAGGCUUUCCUAGGACAACCUUACAGUGAAUUUGGCCAUGCCAGUGUGACCUGUCUUGGCUAUGUUGUCGGUCAAAGCAAGUUGGCUCCUGUUCGCGCAAAAGUCCAGGCAAUUUCUCAAGUUCCUAUUCUGACUGCUAAGAAGGCUCUUAGAAGGUUUCUGGGAAUGGAUGGAUGUUAUCGUAAGUUCUGUAAGAACUUUGCUGCUAUCGCUCUUCCUCUGACCAAUCUCCUGAAGAAGUGUGAAAAGUUUGUUUGGACCGAGACUUGUCAGAAGGCAUUUGAUUGAUUGUUAUCAGUAUUUGAGAGUAGGCCAAUCAAUGUAGUGCUGUCAGCAAAUUUACUUAGCAGAUUGGAGCUGUGGGUGUCAACACAAGUCAUGGGUGCACAGAAAGUAAAGGAGGGGGCCAAAGAGACAACCCUGUGGGUUAUGUGUGCUGAGGGUCAGAGAAACAGAGGAGAUGGAGCCCACUCUUCCAACAUGCUGGCGAUUUGACAGGAAGUCCAGGAUCCAGCGACACAAGGCAGGGUGAAGGCCGAGGUCUCUGAGCUCCAUGUCGAUAAAUCACGACUUUCAUGUGGCUACUUCUCUGCCCAUGACUGCAAGGAACUGCAGAGAACUUUGGAGAGCAGAGAACAUCAGAGAAACAAGCCUCCACUCCAUGGACUCUUCCCACACUUGCCCUCCCUCGGAAAAGCAGGCCAUGUACUCAAAUAACCUCAUAACCUGGACAGCCUUGCUGCAAGCCCGCUCCCCCAUCGGGGAAGAGAUAUAAAAGCCAUAAAGUGCGUAACACCAGGCUGAAGGUCGGCUUCCUGUCUGCAGUUAUAAGCCAAAUGAAUGAUAAAAUAGACUCGACCUCACAAUGUAACUCGACGUGACCCUGCACCAUAUGUCUAUCUGCACUGCACUUUCUCUGCAGCCACAAUGCUUUGUUACAGUGAUUAUUUUGUUGUACAUCAGCUCAAUGUACAGUUGUAAUGUAUCUAUCUGUGCGGAUGGUACAUCAGGCAAGAUUCUCACUGGAGCUCAGUACAUGAUGAUAAUAAACUAAUUCCCCAUUUUAAUUCUGUGGAAAUAUUAGACAGACUGAGCUUCUGCUCUGGAACCGCAGAAGGAAACUGAACUGUUAUCGUUUCUGUGGAAAGCAAAUAUAUGGAAAAGGCUUCAAUCUCACAUUGCGAUCUGUGGUAACUGCGAUCAGGUGACCGGUGGUGGGUCUCCCAUAUCAAUAUCUGAAUCAGGUUUAAUAGCACCGGCAUAUGACUUGAAAUCCGUUGUACCUGUAAUAAACUAUUUUAAUUGCGUAAAUGCAAUAAACUUUUAAUUGUGUGGUACUAUUUGACUGAUUGGGUUGUUGCUUUGGAAAUUCUGAAGUGAAGCUGAACUAAACUUUAAACAUUUAUAAGAAGCUCAGAGAAAUGGAAAAGGCUAAACUCUCACAUAAACGGGUCAGACACCCAGAAACAUCGGCUGCACUUCAGCACCUCAAAACAGUGAAUAAAACAUGUAGAGGCUAUUGCAGAGAGAAAAAAAACAUUGUCCACCCACAACGAGAGGACGUGACAGAUCCGGAUCUCACUGCCUUGUCUGAACGGGUGAAAGGUGAAGCUACACGUACACCGAGAGCAGUGAGCCGCAGAUGCUGCAGAUCUGCAGAAAAUCAUGAACGGGAAACGGGAUCAGGUGAUGGGUGGAGGGUCUCCCUCCUGAACCGGUGACUCUGCUCCUCGUCCCUCACACGCUGCCCGACCCAUCCACCACAUUCCCCACGUUAUUCCAUAUUUACCCCAGAUACAUGUUUAUUUUUCCACACCAUAUCUUUAAAUACAUGGAUGGAAAUUACAAUGGACAAUAUAAGCUUCUGAUAAUCAUAAUCUGCAACAAUUAGAUUCAUACUGGGAAAAAAUGGUUUAACUACAUAAUGUCUCAUAGGCCUGAUUUGAUUCUUACAAAUUGAUGAAUAUGUUCUAAAAAAACAAAUUCACUCCCUACUUUUACAUACUUCUUUCAUUUUGCUUGCUUUUUCUUUCCACUUGUUCUAUGUGUAUACCUCAGAUAAAUACUUUGUGGAGAUUUGUGAUAUAUAUGAUUAUAUGAUAUAUAUGUACAAUGUCUGAAAUACAUGUAACGGAAAUGUUUGUUUGAUGAACUUCAUUAAA